AUGUCCGGUGAUUUCAGCGAUGUGGGGAGCCUCUUCAAACGAGCUAUCGCAAAAUUUCAAGAAUUUGCUGGGAUAAAGCCGACCGGGGUUCUAGAUCUGGACACCAAGAAGAAGAUGGCUGAACCGAGAUGUGGAGUGACAGACGUGUUGGCAGUCACCAGUGGAGGGGCUGCCUUCAAGUGGCGAAAGAAUCGCCUCACCUAUUCAAUCGAGAACUUCUCACCCGACUUGCCACGUGAAGAUGUCAGACGUGCAAUCCGUGAAGGCUACGACGUCUGGGCCGCAGUCACUCCACUCGAAUUUGAAGAAGUACAGCCCGGAAGUGGAGCUGACAUCAAGGUACGUUUCGGCACCGGUAAUCACAACGAUCCAUGGCCCUUUGACGGACAAGGUGGAGUACUGGCUCAUGCCACUAUGCCAGAAAAUGGAGCACUCCAUUUCGAUGACGACGAAAAAUGGACGUACAUGGACCCGAAAAAAAUCGCCAGUGGCGACUACACAGACCUGUUCGCGGUAGCAAUUCAUGAGGGCGGACAUACUCUUGGGCUGUCGCACUCGAAGAGACGAAAGCUCCAUCAUGGCGCCGUCGAUUCCAGAGGUAACUACAUAAAGCCUACAUUGAAGGCAGACGACAUUUCCAGCAUCCAGGAUAUCUACGGUCCACGUACUUCUCCACGUCGGACGAGUGGCGGCUCAUCGUUUGGUGGUGGCAGUGACUCCGGCUUUGAUCGCGAUCGAGGUUCGUCAAGAGAUCGUACAACUACCGAAAGGCCCACUACGAGGAGCUGGUUUGGACGGUUCUUCGGUGGCGGCGGUAAGUAG